AUGGGACUCCCGCUCUUCAUCGCUCCUGUCGAGUCAGAUGUUCCCGCUCAAAUCGGUGACAAGUCCGCAGCCACUCGACAUCCUCGCUCUACCAUUCGCCGCAGCCGCCGCACCGACGACGCGCGCCCCUUCCGCCGUCGCGCCGCUCUACUCCGCGACAACUACCCCACUCCCGGCCCCGAGCCUAUUCCGCGCGCCCGGUAUCCAUGGAUCGAGUCUGGCCACCCUCCGCCCCCGGAGGCAUAUGUUGCGCCCGCCUCGCGAUCGACCCCUCCGGUGCCCGAGCGCCGUAAUCCGGCUGCUGAAAUCAUCGAACGUGUAAACGAAGCACGCAACCGUCAAGCCGAUAGCAAUGAACCCAGCGAAGCUCGUCUGAUCUCCAUGUACGGCGAUGAAUGGGUAUUGAACCGUAUGCCCAGGCUCUCCAGCGGGGUUACCGUCACACCCCCGACCGGGGAAGAGGACGCCAAUUGGCAGGAACCAGACCGGGCUCAGCUUGAGGGCUCAACAUCACACGCCAACUCAAGAGAACGACGGAGAUUCCGUCGGGCGCAGCUCGAUCGCAUGUCAAUGCCCGCCCCGCCAGUUGCAGCACGUUUUGACCGUAGUCCCGAGCAUGCAACUUCUGCCAGGUUCGCAGGACGUAUGCGUAGACCGGACUUGGAAUCGCAACCUGACCGCGCAUCGUUAUCGCGGCGGGUACGCCGGAUUCGUCCAUUUGGACACUUGAUCGAAGCUUCUCUUGCAGACGGCCUUGGCGACCGUAACAGAAGCAUCAGCCCUGAUGAGGAUGGCGUCUGGGACACACUGUUGACUACACUUACGCCGGACCCGCAGCCUCCCAGCGCUGGCUCGUCCUUCGCCUCUGCUUCGGCGUCUGCGUCCGCUUCUGCAUCGCAAUCACAGAGCGCCGGCGCAUCAUCUCGAACGUCUGUAGAUAGACCCGAAAGGGCUGAGGAGUCUACUGAACAACCUUGCGAAUCCGGACUUGAAAACUCGGAUAGUGAGGGCCAUGAAGACUUGCACAUGGGGAGGGGCUGGCCCGAUCACUGGACGAUGAACUAUCCGUCCAGACACCGGCGGUUUGUCGCCGACUUGGAUGCGAAUGAUCCGAGCAGAAUAUCCUUUGUUCGUGGUGAUGGGGCUAUGAGGGCUAUGAGUAGCCGCGACAUUGAAGAGAUGCGAAGUCGCCGGCGACUGGAGCUUGCUCGGCACUACAGAAUCGCAACUCGUGAUCCCACCCCGCUACCGGAGUUGCUCGACCACAUUGUCAGAGAUUCAAGCGAGGAGUCUCGCGAUGCAGGCGGCCAAGGGGAUGGCGACGAGGCAGGGCCCCCGAGCCGCACCGAAUCAUCCAACGACAACGCGCUGGAGGGCAUGCAGGAGAUUGUACGGCAUCUUGCGCGGCGGCAAGACAUUCCCGACGAGUGGUGGGCAGGUGCCGGGCUAUCCCGGACUCUGCCAGAGGAAUCUUGA